CCAACAUUCCUGCGUCUCAUUGCUCCACACCAAGACGCAUCCAGACAGCGCAGACUUUCAGGAAUCAUCAAAGCGUGUCCUACAACACGAUGCUGAUCGCUAUUUAGAAUGAACCUGUGGCAGCUCCUAAUUUAACUAGGCUCACCUAAAGAUACAAGAGCAAGAUAACAUACCUCAUACGAGAAGUAACAGUACCAGCUCGCUCUUAUUUACAAAUAAGCCGACACCUGAACGGACAGCGUGGCUAAGGAGGGCAGGAGGAGCUGCAAGCACUAGAGAACGAGCUUUCAAGAUGCCGGAGCCAGCGAAGUCCACUUCUGCCCCGAAAAAGGGCUCCAAGAAAGCUGUGACGAAGACCCAGAAGAAAGGGGAUAAGAAGCGCCACAAGAGCAGGAAGGAGAGCUACUCCAUCUACGUGUACAAGGUGCUGAAGCAGGUCCACCCAGACACCGGCAUCUCCUCCAAGGCCAUGGGCAUCAUGAACUCCUUCGUCAAUGACAUCUUUGAGCGCAUUGCCGGCGAAGCGUCCCGCCUGGCACACUACAACAAGCGCUCCACCAUCACCUCGCGGGAGAUCCAGACAGCCGUGCGCCUGCUGCUCCCUGGGGAGCUGGCCAAGCACGCGGUGUCCGAGGGCACCAAGGCCGUGACCAAGUACACCAGCUCCAAGUAGCUGGUUGCUGGUCUCCAUUGGGACUCAUAGGCGGAGACAGGCACCAGAGGGGCAGCUGCUACAUGGAUAAACAUCACCGCUACUACCGACGGCAGUUUGCAGUCUUGGGAUGGGCAGUAGAAGCUGUCUACUGAAAGAGGAGACGGUGAUCUGGAUGUCGGCUUAUUUUCCUGUUCAGGACACGCUACGGGUUUUGUACAUCGCGCCUCAGGCACCGCUGACAGAGGAGGGCUCUGCUUUCACAUCUCAUUCAAAGGACUGACCUCAGUGUAUUCAGAUCUCCUCUGCGCUCCAAAAACAUGCAUGUUUGGCGCUGGAAGGGGAGAUGGGCAACGGCAGCGUAGAGGUGUGGUCUCUGAAGUCUUCCUGUUUGGCUGCUUCCUUCCAAUCGCCAGAGAUGGGCCCUGGAGCCGGCGUUUGUCGUCGCUCUCUUGCGGGCCGGACCUGCCCUGUCCCCCUGUGCCUGCAGCGGGCAGGCACCGGCACCUCCGCUAAUGCGCAGGGCACAAGCCAGAGUGAAAUCCAUAGCAAUUAAAAGGAGGUUCUGUGUGUGCUUGACAGUAGUGGGUGAGGCCUCUUUAAAAGAGAAAGUCCAACAAGGGGGCAGGUGCCUGGGGAAAUUUCAGAGCUAGCUCUUCCCCUGUGUCCCUCCGAAACGGCCGUGGGUGAGGGCACCCGGGCCCUGCUUGCCCGAGGCUGGCCUGGACGUUUGAGCUGCCUGUGCCAAGAUAUACGGACAGAAGAGGGAGGAUGAUGGGUCGUUUCCCGUCCCUGCCUGCUUCUUUGCCUGCUUUGAAGACCUACUUUAGUGUUCAAGACGCUGCUAUUUCUGCCGUUGUCUGGAGACAUUCUCUGCUGCGAUGCUGUCCGUGCUGCCUCCCGCCGUGGUUGCUGUAGGCACGUGUGGACCAGGCUGGGAAUGGGCAGCUCACCUCGUCACCAGGUCCCUUGCGUUACCUAUCUGCCCGAAAACAAAACAAAACAAAACAAAGGGUAUGGAGGGAGCAACGCAUGCUUACCUGCAUCCUACCGAUGCUUUAAAUAAUUUAAAACAACUUCAGAUAUUCCCCAAGCCUUUUCAAAGUUCACAGUAAGGUAAGCAAUAAUAAAAUCUCGAUAAAAGCCGUAGAGAUUAGUGGAGGAGGCUCUCAAUUGAAAGUCUAACUUGGCAGACGUUCUAGGUAGCACAGUAAGGCCAUGGGAAGAACUGGUGUGAAGCUGAAGCUUCCUACUCAAAAUAUAACACUAACCAAUCUUAAAAAAAGUAAAAAUCUCUGGUAGACUGUAGUACUUCAGAUCAAAAAUGCUCAUAUCUUUAAAAUAACAACUGAUUGCUGCAGUUUAUUCUGUAAAUGAAAGGGCAGCAAAAGCAGAAAAUCCAUUAGUUCAGGUUCACCCCAAACUCCAAAAUGUAAAUUCAUACCCCAAAUUAACAACCUUGCACUACAUGUCACACUUGCCUCUACAUUCAUCUGUAUCCUUUUUUUUUGUACUCUGAGAGUGAUGGGAACCUUUGACAAAUUAAUGUUGCUUUUCGAACUGCAGACUUCUGCUGUUCGAGAGCAUUCAAUUGUUUCUUAUUUUUUUUAGUGUUGUAGUAACUUUGCACUUGGCCCUGAAGCAGGGACUGCACAGACCUGCACAACCAAAAGCGUCUCCAAAAACCCAGAGCCACGUGGGCGCCCAGGUGGUGGUGUACUGGGGAGGAAGUACAAAUCUACACCUCUGUACAGAUAGGUCAUCUGGUGUUUCCCUGUACCAUCCUGCUCCAUCACACUCACCUGCAGGGGCUAAGGACAAAUAGCAAUUGCUUCAGAGACGUACUUCCUCUCCCAUACUGCGGCUUGGGGUUUGACUAUCCCACACCGGAACAUAGGCCUUCUUUCCCAUACGUUGCUCAGUGAUUGUGCACUGCUGGGCUGGCAGCCACGUUUAAUCCAGUUACCCCAGCAGGACUCUUGCGAUAUCUUUGGGAAAAAGAUUCAAAGUUCUGUCCCUAGGACGCCAAGUUUUGGAGCAAAAGCUGGGUGCUGCUAUCAGCACCAGAACAACAAGCUCCCGGUGCUGGUGUCUGUGUUUGGUAGCAGCAGUCCAUCACUCACCGGGACCAUUUGACCAUGACCCUUCAGAAGUGCCAGCCUAGCACUUCCUUUUGUUUUCCAAUCAAAUAGCCAAUGCCAGCUACCAAACCUGAAAAUGUAUCUGCAGUGGGCCUAAAGCCACUGUCAUUGGUCCUUCUGCCACCAGAAAACAGACAGCAGAUGGCACAGAAGGGGAAUAUACAAAGUGAAGGGCUGGAACGUUUUCUUCCAAUCCCUGUGAGCUGCGAGUCAGAAUUCAUCCCAUCCAGGGUUUCACUGUAAUAUAGGAAUUGAGCAGUAAAUAAAACUGUUCCAGUUCAAAUGAUAUUUGCAAGCCAGGCUGCUGCUGGGCCUCCCCCAGGAUUACUCAGCACAGCUUCAAAAUCCUCAUUGCUUUCCAACAGCCCAGAGCUCCACUCCAGUCUCUACAGGUGGUACAAGUUGCCUGCAGCAAGAAAUCCGGAAAAUAAAAUUAAACAUUUUCUCCCUCCAGAGUCUGCUGGCCAGCUAACGUAGCAGGGGGAGCAAGGCUGGGCUCUCAAACGAGAAGUGUUGGCCCGUUUACACAGAGUCGCAGCAUCGGGCUCAUUUUCUUCUCUGUGCGGUGGCACUGUUAUUGCCUCCAUUUUUGGUGAUUAUUUUGGAGAGAAGGGAAGUGACAAUUUAAGAAGAGUAUAAAAAUAGUUGCGGGCUUAGAGAGGAUUUUUAUAUUGACUAAAGAAGAGUCAAUGAGAGCGAACAUCUCUAUCUUUUUAUAGUUUAGGUUGCAGUUUCACACAUAUUUUGCUCUUCAUUCUCCCCUUGUAUCAUUCUUUGACUUGCCCCUGACAAUAUGGAGAACCGGAGAGAACAGGAGACCAGGACUGGGGAAUCAAUCCAUUGAACUGAACCUUGAAAUCAACCUUAUUCUUUUCCUUGCGAGCUUCAUUUUGAGCCACUUUGGGUCCCUGAUCUGGUCUGUCACCGUCAUGCAAACGUUAGGGCCAGUGACUGGCCCUAGUGGCUGGCAUCAACUAGGACUACCUCAGAAAGUAGUUAACAGCAUUUGUGAAAUUAUGGCCUUAGUGUGAAAAGGCAAAUGAAAAAAAGAUGAAAAUGAUGAAAAUCUGUCUCUUGACAUUUGUCAGAUGAAAAUCUGUCUCUUGCAAUAGUCCUGUUAGCAGAAAAGACAUUACUUUUAACUAUACCACUAUGGAGGUUAUCCUUGCAGUGUUCCGUGAACAGUUUCUAUAAUAAUCUUGACACUGGAAAUCAGACACAUCUGAUUUUUUCAGAUCAAAUUAAA